GUGCGCUGGCGGGCCUCCCUCAUCGCUUGGGGCAACGAGAAGGGUGUGAAGGUCUACAACACCGCAACCUCUCAGAAGGUCACCUAUGUGCCCCGACCUCCGGGAGGGGGACGCGUGACGGGGCUCCUUUGGAUCUCGGAUGACCAGCUGGCCAUGUCAUGGUCUUCCGUGGUGAAGCUGGCCGUGAUCCUCCCCGCGGAAGGCUCCAACCUGUAUGCCCAGGUGCGGCACGACCUUCCCUCACCGGAUGU